CAAGGGGGUGCGGAGACCGGCGGGUUCCUCCCGCCUGCUUCUCCACCGCUCCCUUCCCCCUCCUAUCGGAGUUUCAGGUGAAUGGGUCACCGAGGGAGGAGGCUACCACACCACACCUCCUUGUCAGCGUCCACCUCCCCCUUUCUCCUUCCUCUGGAGGAGGCGGCCGGACUCCCAGGAGAACUAGACCGGACGUCAAAGAGCCCGCGCAGGGCGAAGCAGGUGGGGCUCCGCGCCGCGGGGGAGAGGACCUCCAGCACCCAGGCCUGGCGUUGACUUUCUCAUCUUGGGAGCUACCGGGCAUCGCUCAUCCUGAAGAUCAGGUGACCACUGACACCAGCCAUGUCAUCCAGGCCUCUUGAAAGUCCACCUCCUUACAGACCUGAUGAAUUCAAACCUAAUCAUUAUGCACCAAGCAAUGACGUAUAUGGUGGAGAGAUGCACGUUCGACCAAUGCUGUCUCAGCCGGCGUAUUCUUUCUACCCGGAAGACGAAAUUCUCCACUUCUACAAAUGGACCUCUCCGCCAGGAGUGAUUCGCAUUCUGUCUAUGCUCAUUAUUGUGAUGUGCAUUGCCAUUUUUGCCUGUGUUGCCUCCACACUUGCCUGGGACAGAACCUAUGGAACUGGUUUGCUAGGAGGUAGUGUUGGCUACCCUUUUGGAGGAAGUAGCUUUGGUGGCUAUGGAAGCGGCUAUGGCUAUGGUUACGGCUAUGGUUAUGGCUAUGGAGCGGGCUAUACAGAUCCAAGAGCAGCAAAGGGAUUCCUACUGGCCAUGGCUGCCUUUUGUUUCAUUGCUGCAUUGGUGAUAUUUGUUACCAGCGUUAUAAGAUCUGAAAUAUCCAGAACAAGAAGAUAUUAUUUGACUGUGAUAAUAGUGAGUGCUGUCCUGGGCAUUAUGGUGUUUAUUGCCACAAUUGUCUACAUAAUGGGAGUCAACCCAACCGCCCAGUCAUCUGGGUCUCUGUACGGUUCACAAAUAUAUGCCCUCUGCAAUCAGUUUUAUACACCUGCAGCUACGGGACUCUACGUGGAUCAGUAUUUAUAUCACUUCUGUGUGGUGGAUCCCCAGGAGGCCAUUGCCAUUGUACUGGGGUUCAUGGUUAUUGUGGCUUUUGCUUUAAUAAUUUUCUUUGCUGUGAAAACCCGAAGAAAGAUGGACCGGUAUGACAAGUCGAAUAUUUUGUGGGACAAGGAACGUAUUUAUGAUGAGCAGCCCCCCAAUGUCGAAGAGUGGGUUAAAAACGUUUCUGCUGGCACACAAGACAUGCCGCCUCCCCUUUCUGACUAUGUGGAGAGAGUGGACAGCCCCGUGGCCUACUCUUCCAACGGUAAAGUGAAUGAGAAGCGGUGGUAUCCAGAGUCUUCCCAUAAGUCAACACCGGUACCUGAAGUGGUUCAGGAGCUUCCAGUGACUUCACCUGUGGAUGACUUCAGGCAGCCUCAUUACAGCAGCAGUGGUAACUUGGAGACACUUUCCAAAAGGGCUCCCAUGAAGGGCAGAGCAGGAAAGUCUAAGCGAUCAGAGCAAGACCACUAUGAGACAGACUACACGACGGGUGGCGAGUCCUGCGAUGAGCUGGAAGAGGACUGGAUCAGGGAAUAUCCACCUAUCACUUCAGAUCAACAAAGACAACUCUACAAGAGAAAUUUUGACACUGGCCUGCAGGAGUACAAGAGCUUACAAGCAGAGCUUGAUGAGGUCAAUAAAGAACUCUCCCGUCUAGACAAAGAACUGGAUGACUAUAGAGAAGAAAGUGAAGAGUACAUGGCUGCUGCUGAUGAAUACAAUAGACUGAAGCAAGUGAAGGGAUCUGCGGAUUACAAAAGUAAGAGAAAUUAUUGCAAGCAACUGAAGAGCAAAUUGUCACACAUUAAGAAGAUGGUUGGAGAUUACGACCGACAGAAAACAUAGAAGGCAGACGCCACAUGGUUUGAGAGAUGAAGUAUGUAACUGACAUCUAUGCUGUGUUGUCAGGAAUCAAGUGACUUUGGACUCUAACCCAGGAGGCCAAGCCUUUGUGAUCAUUACAGAGUUUUGGUAGCUUUAAUAUCAUCAGUAUUAAAGCAUUCUAUAAAUAGCUUUUGGUAAUCAACUGGGCUGCAUACUCCAAAUAAGGAUUUUUAUACUUUAAACAUUGGUUCUUGUAUUAAGAACAAAAAUGUUGAGGUCUUUAACCCUUUCAGGAAGGUCCCAGAGUGAACCGUGCUGUGAACUUUCACACCCCAGCCAAUCAGGUAUUAAUACCUAAGUGUGCUUAUUGGGUCUCAAUAGUUUAAUCCUCCCAGAAUUCCCCCUUUAGAUAACUGUUAUUUAUAAUCAUUUCUUUUCAGAUAAGGAAACUGGGCCCCUGCAAUUAAGUCUCUGCAGUGAAACUGCUUGUUUCCGGGCUUGCAGUUUUGGUUAAGUCUGUUUUAUGACUCCAAGGAUAAAGUCCUUGGCCUUUUCAUAUUUUAGUUUCUAUGGAUACUGCAUUCUGCCAGCCUCCUUGGUGAUUUUUUUUUUCUGUGUGUAAGUGCUUAAGAGCUUUUUAUUUCACGUUAUCCUGGUAAUAAAGAUCAUGUAAAAGUAACAAAUGUGUGAAAUUUGAAGACUGUAAAUAUAUGUUUACUUUUUAAAAAUCAAAGUUUAAACCUACUGGGUUAGAAUUUUGUUGUAUAUUUUUUAAUGCUUUUUAUCUUUUAUGGUUUACAUACUUUUUUUUAAACCAACUAGUCUUUUCCAUUAUGUCAAAGUAUCCCAUUACAUUUAUAAUUCAAUUGUGACUUGAAUUAUAUCUUACGGGAAUGUUCAAGUUCUGUACAUAUUUUAUAAUUAUUAAACCUGUUGUUUUCUUUCCAUAAUGUACCUUCUUGACGUCAUUAGUGCUGUUAAUAUUAAGCUGUGGAAAACUACAUUCAGAAGUUGUAUCUGUUAUUGUUUUAAACUAUUUUGGGUGCUGUGCUGGUUGGUAGUUUCCUAAAUCCUUUGGCUAACAGAAGACUGAUUUGUCUGGAAAUGUAAUGCAAUAUCAUAAAACACCAAAUUAUUUCAAAGGGUGCCCUUAAAUCUGAGCACAUUUUUUUCAAUUCAGAUUUUUACUGGUCAAGUAAAAUUAGCUGAUAAUACUGGGAAUAUAGCUAACCAAGUUGAUUGUGAUUAUCCCCUCAGUUUAGAACUCUUUUUCUGAAAAAUUUUUUAAGAAAAAGUUUUAAAUUAAUCUUUAGUAUGCAAUUCAGACGUUUAAGUAUAUAAUUUUUAAUAUACAAGUCUGAAUCAUUUUCCAAAGAUAAAUGCUUAAAUCAGGUUUCCAUUAUAACACUGAUUCAUUUCUUUAGGUUGAAGAAAUUCUUAAUUUUCUAUGGCUGUACAUACUUACUACAAAAGUAGUAAAUAGUUUAUACUUUUCAUGCCUUUCGGAUUCACAGGAAAUGGUAAGGAUUCUAUUGAACAACCUAAGUGAUUUUUAUAUGUGUUAAAAUUUAAACUCUUUGUUCUUGGAAGUCAACAUGCUUAGUUUACGAAGGCAAGUUUGCCAGUGUUCCAAAAAAAGUAAAACCAUUCACCUGAAUGUAGAAAAUCAAAUAGCACACGUUUUCAUUGUAAAAUUGUGCCAUAAAAUUGGACUUGGAAAUUUUUUUAAAAAUCAUUUUUCAAAUAUGAUACACUAAAGACCACUGCAGAAACCAGGAUCAGGGUGUUUUUGUUAGGAUUGGCGUUAAGCAGCAGGAUAUAACUUUGAAAAACCACUCGGGCAGUUUUCUAAUCUGGAAAAUCAAGGUUUAGAUUAAAUUUGGGAGGUCUUCCCAUCUCUGACCUUUUGUGCUCAUGUUUGCUUUCUGCUUUCUGCUAUAAACCAUUAUUCCAAAGAUUUUGUUGUGAGAGCAUGCGGUCGAUCUGAUGAAGGUUCGCCGCAUAAAGUGAUUCCCUUACACGUGUAUUUCUGUAUUAAAAGUAAGAAAGAUCAAUAUUUUAAUUUGUCUUAUUUUGAAAAUUUAAAGAAAUACAAAAAACUAUAAACAUGUAAACUCACCACCCAGAAAUAACAGGUGUUAAUAUUUUGUCAUAUAUGCUUUGUAUUUUUUUGAAAUAAAUUUAAGUCUGUAAGUAUAGUAAAAGUUACAUUGCAUACACGUACAUGAAAUCUCAUUUAAUCCCUACAACAAUCUAUUGACAUAACUUUCUCAUUUUCAUUUUGCAGAUGAGAAACCUAAUGAUUUGAUAGAUUAAUUAGUCCAUUGUCUUAUUAGCAAGUGACUAAACUAGGGUUGGAAUGGUCUGUUGCAAUAUCGGUGUCUCUACUCCCAUUCUAGGCUGACUUUGUUAAUAAAUUAAUGAGUUGGACAAAGUG